UCUUGACUUGACGGCAUUUUAUCCGAAAGUUAAUGGUUUUAAUUUUUAAGCGGCCAAUACGGAGGGAUUGUCUGCAAUCUUUCAUCUCCUUCAGCGCUGCAUCAACAAUGGCGUCUCUGUUAGCUGGAGCAGUCCCAAUGGCAGCCUCUCAAACGGCCUUGUGUUUUCCUCUAUCUCCUUCCUUGUCUCGUCCUCAAUCCCUGCUUUCUUCCUCCUCCUCCUCCUCCUCCUCCUCCCUCUCAACUUCACUCUCACUCUCCUCACCCGCCUCUUCAACACUCCCUUUCAUUUAUUGUGGAAGAGGAGACAAAAAGACUGCAAAAGGCAAACGCUUCAAUCACUCCUUUGGAAACGCGAGGCCAAAGAACAAGAAGAAAGGGAGAGGACCACCUAGGGUUGCUGUACCUCCGUCGCCCCCCAGGAAAGAUCGAUACGACGACGGCGAGGUUGUUAAGAUUGAGAUUGACGAGUCUCUAGGCUGAGCAGAUGACGGAUUUUAAUUGGUUUUCCUUUUUGUUGUGUAAUUCUGAGCUUACAUGUGGCUUUUGCAGUUACGCUCUCAUCAUCUCUCAUGCAAUUUCAUUACCUUGAUUACUUUGUUGUUGCCACUGUCUUUUUCAGCGUUCUCUAAGCUAUGGAGUAUGGACUGCAAUUUCUACUAUUUUAUUCA